AACCGUAAUUAGUUUAUUGUUUUUAUUUACUUUCACUCGAUUUCUAUUGAACUUGACUCAUGCCGAAAAUUUAUUGUGUCUAAUUAUAUUUCAAAUUCUAAAAAGUUGUUUUUUGUUUUAACAUUUGACUAGUACAAUUUUUUUGAAUUGAAAUCGAUCAAAUUUCAUAGGAUGCUUUCAAGAUUGACUCCUUUGGUACUUUGUAGGAGAACUCAUCUCUGUUCCUCAUUUUAUGGAUACUCAAAAUUAUUGGGAGCCUCAAGUUCAACUACAUUAGAUAGAUUUAGAGGCAUCAGCACAGCUCAGGCUGACCAUCAUAAGGCUAAGUAUGGAGGUCGUUUCAUGGUCAGCAUGUUGCCUGGGGAUGGUAUUGGUCCAGAGAUGAUGGGUCAUGUAAAAGAAAUAUUUCGAUUGGGUGGUGUACCUGUUGAUUUUGAAGAAGUGUACCUUGAUUCUACAGUGCAACACAUAGAUAAUGUUGAAGAAGCUAUUAUAUCAAUUAAACGCAAUGGUGUUGCAAUUAAAGGUAAUAUUGAAACAAGGGCAAACAAUCCACAAUUUAGAUCAAGAAAUGUUAUUUUGAGGUUGGAGUUGGGCCUCUAUGUGAAUGUCUUACAUUGUAAAAGUCAGUCUGGAAUAAAGACAAGGCAUAACAACAUAGACAUUGUACUCAUCAGACAGAACACAGAAGGGGAAUACAGCUGUUUGGAACACGAAAGUGUUCCUGGAGUUGUUGAAAGUAUGAAAAUUGUGACUAGGAAGAAGUCUGAAGAAAUUGCAAGAUACGCUUUUGAUUAUGCUGUCAAGCACAACAGGAAGAAAGUUACUGCCGUUCAUAAAGCUAAUAUUAUGAAGCUUGCUGAUGGAUUGUUUUUGAAUACAUGCAUUGAUAUUGCUAAAGAAUAUCCGCAGAUAGAACUUGACAAUAUGAUUAUUGAUAAUUGUAGUAUGCAGCUUGUGUCAAAUCCACAUCAGUUUGAUGUUCUUUUGCUUCCAAAUUUGUAUGGAAAUAUUUUGAACAACAUUGCUUGUGGCCUGGUGGGUGGACCUGGUAUCACUUCUGGUCAAAACUAUGGAAAAGAAUAUGCUGUUUUUGAAACAGGUUCUAGAAAUACAGGCAAAGGUAUUGCCGGAAAGAAUAUAGCAAACCCUGUUGCUAUGCUGAAUGCUAGUGUUGAUCUGUUACAUCACCUGGGGCUGGAGAAGUAUGCUAAAAUUAUUGGUGAUGCUGUUGAUAAGACUGUGAAUAUCGACAAAAUUCAUACUCCAGAUCUUGGUGGCACAGCAAACACGUCAGAUGUCAUUGAAAAUGUGAUACAAAUAGUGAAGGACAAAACAAGGUUCUGAAUUCUGUAGCAAUCUUUUAAUUUUUUUUUCUUUUUAAACUGUUUGUAGUAAUUGCAAAGAACUUUUCUGUGAUGUUCAUUUAGUAAUGCCCAAGUGCCUUUCUAAAUAUGAACAUUGUUGUAUUUAGUAAAAAGAUAAUGUGCUAUUAUACUCGAAAUAUAAUUAGUGUAUAGCAUUUUAAAUUUUCUUUUAUAAAAUUUUUUUUGAUUGCAAUGCCAUGAGAAAUUAGCUGAAGGUAAAUUUUCAUGAGUAAAAAUAGUUGUUUACUAAGCUAUUCAAGUUUUGACUUUAAUAUUACUUUUUAAUAACUAUAUUUUCCCAUGUAGUGCCAUAUUGCUUAAUGCUAGUUAUUACUUUUUAUAUUGACUCACUUCACGGUCAGAUUACUUUUGGCAUCAAGUGCCACAAAAUGAUCAAUCAAUAUAUACUAAAAAAGUGCACUUUUUUUAAUAUACAUUUUAUAAUUAAUGUUAUAAUGUAAAUUUCUGGUUUAAAAAGUAAAAAAAAAAAAAAAAAAAAAAA